GAGUCCACUAUAAACACGAUGUCGAGGCUCGACUGGCUAUGUCUUUUCUUCUCCACGUCAACACAAGUUCUUUAGAACUAUGCGUGUUCUUAUUUUUGGGCUUGCAAAAAGAUAGCCACUGCAAGGAAAACAAAUGAUAUUACUGAUGAAUCUAUAGCGUAGCCUGGACUAUUUAUUUGAGUUGUCAAUCUUGAGUCGCUAUGCUAAACCGAAGACACAGGCCUUUGUUACAGGCCGUGAUAUUUCUUGGUUUGAUUGGGGCACUUGGAUAUUCGGUGUUCUUGUACAAUACGCUCAACCUUAAAUUAGAAAAAUCUGAUCAGCAAAUUAGGAAGUUUACCAAGCAACAGAAGUCCUUAUCCUCACAGCUGCAAGUUGUCUAUGAGCACCGGGCAAAACUUGAAAAGAGUUUUGAAAAAGAAAAAUCUGAGCACAAGAAGACGAAGGCUGAACUGACUAGCAAUAAAAAAGAAUUUUUAUUCAAUGUUACAAGAGCGAAGCAUGAGACUCGCAACAGGUUCAACUCCUUAGAAACACAACAUAGGAUGUUAAAGGCUCAGCAUGAAGAGCUAGAACUAGAGUAUAAUCGAUUGCAGCAGCAGCAUUCACGACUGAGCUCUGAGCAUCAGGAGGUGCAUCGACAACAAAUGCAGAGCUUCAACAGCCUCAAAGAGCAAAAGAAAAUGGAGAUCAUAAACCUGGAAGAACAAAUUAAGACUUUUAAGGAGCAGGCAGCUUCCUUGAGAGUGAGGUUGAGUGAAGUUGAGCAAGAUGCUGCAUAUUAUAAGGGAUUACAUAACAAAGGCCUGCUUGAUAUCCAACGUCAACAAACAACAAUUAUAUCCUUAAACCAGCGCUUACGUGAACUCAAGAAACACCAAAAGAGCUCUAUAGGAGAAGACGUGUCAGUAGAGCACAUGCAACCCAAUGCUCACAGGCUCGGCCCUGCUGACACUAGACCUGGUGUGGCUCACCCUAGACCUCCCCAGCUUCCACAGGUAUCCCAUAGAUCGACAAAAGCUAAUACCAUACCUACAAAAGAGGGGGAAGAAGAAGAAGAAGACAGAGAUGACGAUGCCGAACAAGAGAAAAAACUGCAAAACAAACAAAGCAAUAACAGGAAUACUGCACCCACCAAAAUUCCAUUGCAUAGGGACACAGCAAUUUUAAAAUCUGCUGUGGCACAGAGGCAUCAGAUGCCCAAUGAUCAGUCACAUGAUAACCUGUCACGUGAUAGAGUCAUUCACCCAAAAAGCAUAGCUAACAUUACAACUACCAACACUGAAGACUCUGUUAGACAAGUUCUACCAAGUACUCCAAAGCCAGUUAAUGUCAUCGCUAAGACGUCAUUGGUGCACGAGUCUGAGGGAGAACCUCGAGCGGAUGCUGACGAUGAGACUCAGGCAGAAGAAGCCAACGUAAAGCGAUACCUCAACCAGAGCCUGGAAGCGAAAUUGCACCAAAUAGCCAAUCAGGACCAGUCUCGGACUAUCAACCGAGAAAAUAUUAUGCCUCAGAGGCCCCAGCAGCGACCGUUGAUGCACGCCACUUUUCAAAAUGCAAACACGUUUCCACGCGUUAGGGAAAGUGAGCAAUGGGCACCUGUCCCGCUUGGAGGAGAUGUGGAGAGGCCUCAAGGAGGAGAGGUAGAGAAGCCCAAAUUGGACAGGCAAGAUCAGCUGAAUAGGCUUAAAUUACUCAAUCCUGCACGUAUGCCACAUGACUCUGAACAGAAAAACCUUAAACUUGUCGAUGAAAAAACACACAAGGUCGGACAGCCAAAAGAGAACUAUAAAUAUGAUAAUAUUAAGUUAAAGGAAACUUAUGACUCUAAGCCAAAAGUGGUCGAAACAUUGGAAGAGGCUGGACCCAAACGGACAAAAGGCGGUGAGCAGUACAGGCGACCGAUUCAGAGGCCUGGAGCAGUUGUGAAGAGAAAGGCUUCCGAGGAGGAUAAUGAGAAUAUUGAGCCGAAUGAAAGCGAUAGUCAGCGGAAAACCAGUGAAGAGCAUGCGCAGGAGGAAGAUAAUGAUAACGAGGAAGGAGAAGAGGACCCUGACGAAAACCUCUCACAAACCAAACAGGGGGAGGGCAGGCCACUGGACCAGCCUCGUCCGAAUGUAGGACGCUCCUUCGGACAGUCGGACAAGAAAAUAAAGAGGCCAAACGCCGCAGCUGACAAUGGCGACGAGGAGGAUGGCAAUAACUCGGAUUCACGAGAUAAAACGAAACGAGUGGUAAACCUAAGGGGACUACGCUGAGUGAGAUAUAGGCGUGUUUUGCAAAUAAGACCCCCUCCCACAAAGAAACUUUAAGAGUUCGGAAUAUAGAGAUCAAACAAAGCGAAUCGUAAAACCUAAGGGAAUUACCCAGAGAAAGAGGCGUGUUGUACGAUUAAUAAGACCUUCCGCCAAAAAACACUACAAGUCGCUAGCCAAUUUGAAAUUAGCGCUCUACUAAAAUUCCUCAGACCGAAUUUUAAGAAGAACUGUAUGGAACUGUAUUUUAUAUAUAGGUGCCCCCUUCUUUGGGUCCCCACCCCCUUCUCGAGAAAUCUUGGAUCCUCCCUUUGUGUGCGCUUUCAGAGCGCCGCUUUCCGUGGAAGAUUUCGAAGAUGUGUCACUGUACCUGCAACUCAUAGGUGAUAGUACCCUGAAGAGAUUCGACGUUAUUAUGCUAUCUGGCUUGGUUUUAGCAUGUAUGUAUUUGAAUUGGUUGCAAGAGAUGAAAAGUAUAGCAAUAGACCUCGUAAAAAGGAUAUGCUAGAUAGAUAAUUAGCACGAUACCGUUACUUUAUUUUGGCAAUACAUGUUCAUACACACCUCUUGCCUAUAAAAUAAAAUAGUGUAAAGCGACAACAUUGUCCGAAAAAUACUAGCAACAACGUUCAUAUGUGAUACCCGUUGUUGGCUGGUGUAUCGCAACAUUCACACUAAGCUUCUCCCACAAUGUUGGACGACGUUGCGAUUUUGGCUUUAGAAUAGUGUUCUAUUGCGAAGCUACUUCGUUUGAUAGAAAUCAAUAACUCUUAAUCCGUGAAUCUUAAAAGUUGUUGCAACGUGUGGCUAAACCUUACCUAUCUGAUAGGAAACAUAACUUAUUACUGUGCCAAGCAUGGGUGUAAUUUGUUUAAGGCACGCAAUAUACGAAUAAAUAGAGAUGUUUGUA